AUGGCCAGCACAGGAGGCAAAAAGAGGGCGACGUCGGAAGAGUCGAAGAGUCCUCGUCCUAGUAAAACGUCCAAGUCACCAGGGAGGGAUGCGGCGUCAACGCCCCACCUGCUGAAGCUCAAGGGCAUGAUGCAAAAGGACGGGAAAGAUCAUCGACGAAUCCAGCCGGAGAGUAAUUUGACCGGCCUCACAAGCCAAUUUCCCGACAUCGGUUACCCAUACUCCAAAGGUCUCGUUAAUGAGGACACGAAUUGCUAUCGCAAUGCGGUACUCCAGGGUUUGUUCCACAUACCAGCGUUCUAUCGUUACAUGGGAAAACUCCACCAAGACUGCCCAAUCAAGUCAACGCGUUGUUUCGUAUGUCGCCUCCAGUACUUGUGUUGGUACUAUUGGAACACCACAGGGACAUGGAAGGGGUCGGAAGAUCACGGUCUGUUCUGCGUCUCGGAAACAUUAUGCAGGUCAAUCCAUCGAUCCAUGGAGCUAGACGCCAAUGCUCCCGUCAACCUGAUCUCUCUCAGAGAGGGAAUCCAAGACGGUGCGCAGUGCGAUGCGCGAGAGAUGCUGGAGUACAUCAUCGCGGACCAGAUUCUAGCCAAACUGGGACCACCGGACUUCGUGACUUACAACGACAUGUUCCAGCUGAUGCUGAAGACAUCGUGGACGUGCCAGGACUGCGGCAGGACCUCCGAUACUAUCGCGCCUUGCCCCGAGAUCGGCAUCUUGCUUCCCAUGGCCAUAGCAGGCAUGCAAGAUGACCGUUCGCUCGACUGGUGCCUGCAACCGUACUUCGCUUUUCAGAGGCGCACUCACUGCGCAGACCUAAACUGUCAUCAUGCGUCCCGAAUUCGCGAUCCAAACCCGUCUGGUCCCGAGCGAAACGUCACGAGCACCAUUUUACAGGCGCCGGAGAUUUUGUUUAUCCAUUUCCUUCGCUUUGAUCAAGUUUGGAAUGCGAGGAGGCAUAGGAUGGACGAGAAAAAAGUAUUCUACCGCAUCAAAUUCCCGGAACAGCUCGAUCUGAGUCAGUUCGGUGCGGCGGGUGUGUCGGGUCAGGGGCUGAAGUAUCGUCUGGAUGCGGUGGUGGCUCACGGCGGAAGAACGAUCACGAGGGGCCACUACAUCGCCGCGUGUCGCACGCACCCGAAUGACCCGUUGGGCGACAAAUUCCAGGUCAUCGACGACGACAACAGCAUCGCUAGUCCGCGGGGUGGAGGCAUUGAGGACGCGCGCCGGCCCCUGUCUGCCAACAACCAGGAGUUUGAGCCGCAGAUGUUGAUGUAUAGCAAAAUACAUGUAGCGGACGGGGAAUAG